AUGGCAUUCAUUCUUUCUCUGCCGAGAGUCCGCCGGCCAUCUGCUUGCCAGAUCCUUCUCAUACCCCUAGUCCUCGUGCUAGUGCUACUAGGCACGUCUAUACACCUCUACCGUGGCCUGGGCGUGUCGGACAAGACGUGUCGUGAUGCGAGGGACUGGAAGUGCCAGCUCGAGGGCAGCCUCUCGGGACGAGGCUCGGCGUCGCGCCUCGUGGCAGCCACGACGGAGAGCUUCGUCUCGUCCGUCGGCAACGGCAGCAGCAGCAGCGGCACGGGCUACGGAAGGCUGUCGUCGGCGUGGCAGGACGCCUACCGCUCCGCGGCCGGGCUCCUGGGCAAGCAUGCGUCGGCGGCCGCGGGCGGCGGCUGGUCGUACAGGCGGGAUGCCGACAACCUCGGCAUGACCAGCGCGCAGUGCCAGGCGGCGUUCCCGGGGCUCUUUGACGAGAUCACGAGGGCGCGGUCGAACAACGACAUGUUCCACAUCAUCCAGGACGAGCUCGACGCCAUCAGGAUAGCGAACGGCCGCAUUCGCGCUUCCAUCUUGGAGGGCAAGCUCCACAUCAUUCAAGCCAGCCUCAACAACCUGGAAGAGCGAGCCAGGGCUCUGGCAAUCCUGGGCUCCAUACACGACGCCGUCAUCUCGGCUCCCACUCCGGUCCCGGACAUUGAGUUUGUCAUCAGCGUCAACCGGCACGUGGAGGACAUCACCCAGCCAAUCUGGACUCCCGACCGCAUGAAGGACGACAUAAAGGUCUGGCUCAUGCCCGAGACGGCGAUGAUCGUGCAGGACUCCUACGCCUCGCCGGAGACGGGGAAGGCCCGGAAUGCCGCGCCGGGCGAUUACCAAGUUGGGUUUCGGGACAGCCUUGUAGCCGACAUCGAGAACAUCGAGUCGACGCUCUCCUUCGCCGACAAGACCAAGCAGCUACGCGGGAUAUGGAUAGACGACGAUGGGCACCAAGAACCGGCCCGCCAGAAGGCCCUCGUUCGUGUAGCCGAGGGCCAGACCUGGGAGGACGCGCACCGCAACGCCAGCGGCAGCAGUAGCGAUCCCGCCUCGUCCUCGGUCGCCGAGCUGUGCCGCUACUCCUUCCUCGCCCACGACUCCUCGUACAACACGGCGCUCACCGACGGCGCCCUCCUCUGCGACUCGGUCAUCGUCACCACGCGGCCGACCUGGAUCACCAUCUACCACGGCCUCAUGUACGCGAACCAGGCGCGCUACCACUCGCACGACAGGGAGCACCCGGCCGUGGCGGACUGGGAGUCCGGCGGCGGCGCGGGCAUCCAGAACGUCGUCGUCGCGGCCGACGACUGGGGCGACCUGCAGGUCAAGAUGCGGGGGCUACUGCGGCUGCCCGGGGUGGCGGGCCGCAUCGCGGCCAACAACCGGCAGACGUUCCGGGAGCGGUACCUGACGGCCGCGGCGGGCGCGUGCUACUGGCGGGAGAUGAUCCACGCGUACGGCGCCGUGAGCUUCAGGCCCGCGGCCUGGAUCGACGGCGACGGCUCCGCCACCACCACGGGGGCCGGCGAGGCGGCGGGGACGCAGGGGCAGCGGCGGAGGGGGCUGCACUGGGAGAAUUAUGUGUGA